AUGACAAGCUCCAGCGGGAGCAAGCGACGUAUGAGCGUGCGACAGGCAAGCGGGAGGCUUGGGGAUCCUCUUUGUCCUGGCGCCGAGAGGAGGACCGCCAUUCAGGACAGAGGGGCGGCUAGGUCAUUGGUUUCUCCACCUUCCACCUCGCGCGCGGGCCUUCCGGCUCAUGUUGCCGAUCCCUGGGAGGUGAUGGGUUUUGGUGGUGCGGCAUCUCAUGGGCCGCCUACUAGGACGACGCCGGCGGGUGGCCGUCCUUCUGGCCCUCCUCUUGGUGAUGGUUUCCAGGAUCCGGUGAGGCAGCGGCUAGGGAGGUCGAGGCGAGGCGGCGGACCGGACGAGCCUGGAGAGCAGAUCAGCCGGCAAGCCGGACCAGCAGUGCCGCCGUCUCCUUCUUGCUCUUUCUAUGAGCAGGAGCAGGGGUCGCCCAGCCGCCGCAGCCCCGACGGGAAAGGGCCGCCGCGGUCCUCCUUUCGGUUACGCGCUUGGCCGCCGCACUUCUCCAGCCACCUCCCAGCGCCAAGUACACCCCGGCCGCCUCCUCCACUUGCCUACUCCUGGCGACGCGCGCCGCGCCUAGCACGCGCCCCGCCGUUCCCCUCCUGCUGCCUCCUCCUAGCGACGCACGCCACGGUCAGGGGGCCUGUUUCCCUAGGUCCCCAACGCCGACGGUCGAUUACAGUGCCAUCUAGGUGUUGUUGCUGCAUACUUGGGUGGGAGAUUGAACAUAUGUGCCAACUUUCUUCUGUCGGCAGAGAGACCAAAAUGGCUAGAGAAGGAGAUGUGCCUGACAAUGAAACAGAGGGUUCUGCAAAUCCGAUCUCACGACGGCACUCAAAAAGGGCUGCUAAGCGGCAGCCGCAUGGCGAUGAUAAGGACGGGGAUGGAGAGGAUGACGAUGGUGGCGAAAGAUUCCUCUUAGUAAAACUGCAGAGAAGAAAGGUGCGCAUGAAGGCAGUAUCCAAAGGGGUAGAUGCCACAUCUUCUGCAGCAGCCGCUGAGGGGGGUGAGGGUAAUGAAGAAGAUAAUGCAGAACGACAGUCACAAGCUGGUAGGAUAAGGGCAUCUCCUGGGAGGUUGGUGAAGUUGAACAAUAAGUUGAGCCCAUUACAAAAGUCCCCCCCUCUGCCACAAGCUGUUUGGAGGCCUGGAUUCAUGUUUUAGUAGCACACAUUUACAACAAAAGUUGGCUUUAGAUUCAUGUUUAGUUGCACAAAUAUGUUUUUUUUGCACAGACUGCACACAUCCAUGUCUGUGUGUGUUGAUUGCACACAUUUACAGCAAAAGCUGGCUUUUGGAUCCAUGGUUAGUUUGCACAUCUCUUUUCUAGUCUUGGCUGUUUGGUUGCACACAUAGAAGGAAAAGUUGGUUUUGGAUCCAUGUUUUAGUUGGCACAAAUAUAGCCUUCUAUUUGCACACAUGGCAUAAAAAGGUUUCUUUUGGAACCCA